CAACCACACCUCGACGUUGAGGGACAUUUUCGUACUUUGGAGAUAACUCUUUAGGCAUAUAUAUACAUCACAUUCAAAGAACAUUAUCUACUAUCCACAAAACUAUGGCCUCCUCAUCUCUCCAUUUCUUCUUCUUAGCCCUUCUCUUGCCGCUCACGCUUACCACCGCCACACGUGACACAUGCGCUACCGCCGCUCCCGAUGGUUCCGACGAUCUCUCAAUCAUUCCCGUUAACGCAAGAUGCUCACCCUUCGCAGCAAAUCCUACCUCCACAUCCGUCAUGGACACCGUCCUCCACAUGGCCUCCGCAGACUCUCACCGCCUCGCAUACCUCUCGAGCCUCGUCGCCGACAAACCCAACCGAACCUCCGUCCCCGUCGCCUCCGCCAACCAGCUCCUCCACACGGGCAACUACGUCGUCCGAGCCAGACUCGGCACCCCUCCUCAGCUCAUGUUCAUGGUCCUAGACACCAGCAACGACGCUGUCUGGCUCCCUUGCUCCGGCUGCUCGGGCUGUUCCACCGCCGCGACCGCCGCUUACUUCAAUCCUAACUCCUCCUCCACAUACUCCACCGUCUCUUGCUCCGCCGCGCAAUGCACGCAAGCACGUGGCCUCACGUGCCCAUCCUCCUCGCCUUCACCACCGUCGUCAGUCUGCUCCUUCAACCAAUCCUACGGCGGAGGCUCGUCCUUCUCCGCCUCGCUCGUCCAAGACACGCUGACGUUAGCCUCCGACGUCAUCUCCAACUUCUCCUUCGGAUGCAUCAACUCCGCCUCAGGGAACUCUCUACCACCGCAAGGGCUAAUGGGCCUUGGACGCGGGCCCACUUCUUUAAUCUCUCAAACGACGUCGCUUUACUCAGGCGUGUUCUCCUACUGCCUCCCUAGCUUCAGGUCCUUCUACUUCUCCGGGUCGUUGAAACUGGGCCCAAUGGGCCAACCGAGAUCCAUCAGAUACACCCCACUCCUCCGCAGCGCUCACCGUCCUUCGCUUUACUACGUCAAUCUCACAGGAGUGAGUGUGGGACCCACACAGGUUCCCGUUGACCCAACGUACUUGACGUUUGACUCAAGUUCAGGCGCCGGUACGAUAAUCGAUUCCGGUACAGUAAUCACCCGGUUUGUCCAACCGGUUUACGAGGCCAUCAGAGACGAGUUUAGGAGCCAGGUGAAAGGGCCGUUCUCGACGCUGGGAGCGUUCGACACGUGUUUCGCGGCGGAUAGCGAUAACUUGGCGCCAAAGGUAACGCUGCACAUGACGUCACUCGAUUUGAAGCUGCCGGUGGAGAACACGCUUAUACACAGCAGCGCGGGAACGCUGGCGUGUCUGUCGAUGGCGGGGAUACCGUUGAACGCGAACGCUGUUCUGAACGUGAUCGCGAAUCUGCAGCAGCAGAAUCUGAGGAUCUUGUUUGAUGUUGCUAAUUCUCGCCUAGGCAUUGCUACUGAGGCAUGCAACUAAGAGAAAGAUAAUAUCUAUCGUUCUUCUAUUUUGCUUUAUUUGUUCGAUUUUAUUUGAAUUUGAGGUGAAGGGUUCUUGAAUAAGAGAUCCGUUUAGAUGGCAAGUCAUCUAGAUUGAUGAAUGGUAUUAUUUUCGGCUUGCAACUCCAAGAUAAGUCACUUCCACAAGUUUCUUAUCUAGUUGAAGUUUUUUUUAGUAAAUUACAUUUAGUAAAA